AUGGCAGAGAGAUUUGAAACUUUCAACACCGGUAUGGGUUUGGUGCAAGAACAGAACGAUAGCAAGGGAAAGGAGGUUCGAAAAAAUAUUGUAGUCAAUCUGGGAAAUACCUUAAGCCUUCUUCCUAAUGCAACCUCAACUUCUAGCAACGUUUCCUUAGUCAUUUCGCCUCACUUAGAUCCUACCUAUACCAUUCCACAAAUGCCUUCAACCUACACUCCCGAUCAAGUAACGAUAAUUCCUAAUCCUCAAUUUUCCAUAACCACCACUCAAUUCGAGAAAAGUAAGAAAAACGAACUGGCAAUAUCCCCAUACAGGAGGCCUGGAAAGGAAAUCAAGUCGCUUUACCAUGAAGAUUUGGGAAAAGAACUCCACAAUUUGAGGAAAGUCAUUAAUGAAGAGUUAUGUUCAAGGAAUUUCCAGAUUUUGAAGUAUGAAGAUUUGUGUGUGCAUCCAAACGUUGAGCUUCCGUCAGGGUACAAAAUACCUAAGUUUAACACUUUCAAUGGGAAGGGAGAUCCCGUCGCUCAUUUAAAGGACUAUUGCAGCAGAUUAAUUGGUAUUGGACAUAAUGAAGCCGUACGAAUGAGAUUGUUCAUUCAAAGUUUAUCAGGAUCAGCACUCUCUUGGUACACUAAACAAGAUUUUAGCAAAUGGCUUACGUGGGAAGAUAUGGCCUGCGGAUUUAUAAAGCAAUUCGAGUUUAACAAUGGAGGCGAUCCGCACAUAGCCGAUUUGCUCAGAGUAAAGAAAACGCCACAUGAGUCUUUCCAAGAAUAUGCCAUACGAUGGAGGUUAGAAGCUUCAAAAAUACAUCCUCCAUUAUCCGAGAGGGAAUUGAUCUCAACCUUCAUCCAAAUUCAAGAAGACUUAUAUUAUGAUAAGUUGCUCGGAGCUUGUGCACACAACUUCUCUGAUUUGAUUAGGAUUGGUAGAGAACUAGAAAAUGCCAUUCAAGAAGGGAGAAUUACAGAUAGCUCAGCAACACAAGCCGUUCACCAAACCUUCCAAGCGGAGAUACUAGGAAAUCUGCAAAGUGAAAUGAAGCAAAACCAAUUUGCUUCCACGACUAUGCAUCAAGCGCAAUGCCAUAAAAGUCACCAAAUAUUUUUAAUCUUAUGCCACUAUGCAAUGUCCUCGUCAGCAGAACUCCCAGCAAGGCUACCAACGACGAGGUUGAGUGCUAAGGGUAUUCUACAACCAAAGAAGGGAUUUAUACCUAAGCAUCCUCCGCCAAACUUUGAUUUAUCUAAGAGUUGUGCUUAUCACUCAAACAUUCAAGGACAUGACAUUGAAGAAUGUCCAGCACUAAGAUUUAAGAUUCAAGGCAUGAUUGAAAGUGGCAAGAUAAAGCUACAGCUAGAGCCUUCAACCGGUAAUAUUGCAAACACAAAGACAACUGUUGUUAAGGGUGAUUCAUCGAAACUGGCACCAAGGCAUUUGAAAAGAAAGCGUGAAACAAGUCAAGCAGACUGA